CAUGUGCACAAAAACAGAGAAGACGCUCAGCGGCACGCCUACAAAGUUUUGGGUAAAUUUGAGAAUUUAAAUACCUCUUUGAAAAGAGGAGCUGCACAUCAGCAGGAGUGGACCAUGGAGGCAAUGGACACAAGCAUCUCCAUCGAAGAGAAGAAGAGACGCCUUGAACAAAAGGUGUUUGUCAACAGAAGCCUGACGCUGGAAAAUAUUAAAUGCUAUGGCUUCGACAUGGACUACACGCUCGCAACGUAUAAGUCUCCCGACUACGAGAGCAUGAGCUUUGAGCUGAUGAGAGACAGGAUGGUGUCCAUUGGAUACCCUCAUGAGAUUCUGCGCUACAAGUACGACCCCAGCUUCCCCACUCGUGGUUUAGUGGUUGACACUACAUAUGGGAACCUCCUGAAAGUGGAUUCAAAUGGGAAUAUUUUGGUCUGCAGUCAUGGCUUUCAGUUCCUCAAAGGUGAAGACAUUCGCAAAUACUACCCGAACAUGUUCAUCCAGAGAGACGACACCGACCGCUUCUACAUCCUGAACACUCUCUUCAAUCUUUCAGAGACUUAUCUCUAUGCCUGCCUGGUUGACUUCUUUACUGGAUGUACCAGAUACACAAACCUCCUGAAAGGUUUCCAGCAUGGUGACUUGCUAAUGUCGUACAGAAGCAUGUUCCAGGAUGUUCGAGAUGCUGUGGACUACACUCAUGAUACGGGAACCUUGAAAGAAUUAACUACCAAGAAUUUGGAGAAAUACAUCGUCAGAGAUCCAAACCUCCCUGUGCUCCUCACCCGGAUCAAAGAGGUGGCCAAGGUUUUCCUCGCCACUAACAGUGACUACAACUACACCGAGGUCAUCAUGACAUACCUGCUGGAAAGUAAUGUGAAGCCUGGAAGCCCCAAAAAGAGCUGGCGCUCGUAUUUCGACCUUGUCGUUGUGGACACCAAAAAGCCGCUGUUCUUUGCAGAGGGGACUGUGCUGAGACAAGUGGACACGAACACAGGAAAGCUUCGGAUCGGGACAUACACCGGUGACCUCCAGCAUGGAACAGUCUACUCAGGAGGAUCCUCAGACAUUGUUUGUGAUCUGCUGGGCGUCAUAGGCAAGGACAUCCUCUAUGUCGGAGAUCACAUCUUUGGCGACAUCCUGAAGUCUAAGAAGCGACAGGGCUGGAAGACUUUCCUGGUCGUCCCUGAGCUCACCAAAGAGCUGCAAGUGUGGGAGGAAAGGAAAAGUAUCUUUGAGGAGCUCAAGCGUCUUGAUCUCUACUUAGCUGAACUGAACAAGCACCCAGACACCACCAGUCAAGAGUAUCGUGACAUCGGUUCCAUUCAUAUGAGAAUGAAGUUGCUGACCUACAGGAUGGACAUGUCAUACGGCCAGAUGGGCAGCCUCCUGCGCAGCGGCUCCAGGCAGACGCUGUUCGCCAGCCAGCUCAUGCGCUAUGCAGAUCUGUACUCCUCCUCCUGCCUGAAUCUGAUGCAUUACCCAGUCAAUUACCUCUUCAUGGCUCCUCCAGUCCUGAUGCCCCACGAGGUUGUUUCUGAGGCAUCUUCAGACUUUGAGUCAUCACCGCUUACUCUCAGCAGCUAUCCUCUCACAAACAAAAACUAAGUGACAGCAGACUCAGACUCAGGGAUGAAGAGGCUACACAGUAAUGUGCAUCUUCUUGUCAUUAACACAUCACACACUGAGGACGGCUGCUUGUACCCGUGCACACAUGAAGGGUUUAUUGUAAGCCUGAGGUGCACACAUUAGCACGAAAUUACCUACUGCUCCACAUGCAGAGUGUGACUUUCAGUAAAAGUCAAACACACUGACAGUGUAGGAUUUCAAACAGAAACAGACUCAAUGUUUUUAUUUCUAGUUUUAAAGGUUAUGUAAUGGUUUAUCUUUUAAAAAUGUUUUUUAAAAAAGGAGCUUUACUCCAUAAUCCGUUGAAUUGGUUCAUUAAAACAUUCAUAAAAUCAGUUUUUACUGUUUUCAAUGAAGUAAAGCUCCUAAAUAAGCAUAUAAAUCAGUUUCGUCUAAGACAGAGAAAUAAUAUUCAGAAUGGCUUUUUGUAGUUGUUGCAAUGACAGUUUUUAAAUGUGAUUUCACACAAAAAUAUAAGUAUUAUUAUUUUAAAGCUCAGCAACAGAUCGUUUAAACUAGAAGGCAAAAUCCUAAAAUACAGGAAUAUAGCAUACUGGAAGAAAAAUAACUUGUUGUUAAAGAUUUUACUUUCUGCAUUACAUCUUUUGUCCACCGGGUGGCGCCUGAUCACCUCUGCAGCCCACCUGAGGAUUGAUUCUUGUGUGGUUGAAUGAGUUUAUUUUUAUACCCACAACAAACAUAUUGAAUAGUUUUAUCUGCCUAAACAAACAUUUAAUCUUCCAAAAAACUCUCAUCACUUUUAUACCAGAAACAUUUAUCUCACAGCUAUUGCAGAAGCUCGUCUUGAUCAUUAAACUUAAAUAAGUUACAUUUAUUUUGAAUACAUCAAAGCAGAAGUAGAUGUUAAUAUCAGGAGCCUCCAUCUGGGUAUGCAUUCAUCAUGGAGAGCACUAACAUAAACAGAUGUGAUGCAAUCCAUGAGCAAACACUUAAACACGCUCACUAAUAUGUGUGGCUCUGCAGGACACAGGGCACCUGAACAUUUAGCAUUUGUUCUCCUUCUGUAUCUCAGGAACACACACACACUUUCUCUCCGUUGUUACUGUAGGAUUUCAGCGCUCAUGUGUGGUUGUGGAUGAAUUUUCUAUCAGAGUGUCACGAUGGUGAAAAUGGUGAAAUCCUGUACCAUCAGUGACAUUUCACUCUGGAGCCAAACUUCAGCUUCACAGUGAUGUGCUGAUCACGUUAUUUUAUUUAUUUAUUUAAUUAAUUUCUUAGCUACUUAGAGCAUUAGUAAAGAUGAUUUAAUCUCCUGUGUGAGGAGAUUAAACGUGACUCUAACUUAAUCUAAAGUCAUCAGUGUUUUAAAAAUAUUUGAAAUUUCAAACUUUCAGCUGCUUUAAGAUUAACACAGUUGAACUUUUUUGCGUUUUUUUUUGCUGCUUGCUUCAGAUUGUUUUCAGAUAAGCCACGACAGGUAAAUCCAGUGCUCAGUUUUCAGUCCUUCCUCCUCCUCCUCCUUGUCAAAACACGCACAUAAACAUUUCCUCGAUGAUUUCACUUCUUGUAUCGGGGCUAUUUUGGUUUAUUUGGAUUUCCGCCUGCCCAUUGUCUGUUGGUCACCCGUGUUUAUUGUUGCUGUUUCUUGAGUCAUUGUGUUCGCUUUGUCCUGUUGUAUUUUCUCACCUGCACAAAUCGGCUCAUUGCUUCUGUUUAAUCUGCUUUUGAAUGAAUGCAUUUUGUGAGAAUAAACCACACUCGGCAUCCGCUGCUAUUUGAUGUUCAGUGAAACUAAAGCAGGCUCUGAUGAUCAGUUUGUCGCUGUGGUAAAUUUUCAUUUCAUCAUUAAUUAUUUAUCGCAUCAGCACAUGACGAGCAUUUUGUGACUGUGUCAGAUUCACUAGUUGCCUCUGCACUACAGCGCCUGUCCUAUGGAUGGCAUUAAACUGCCUCUCUGCAGCACGGAUGAAUCUUUGAAGAGGGUUAAAUGAUGGGCACUGUCAGCACAUCAGCAGAGAGGCUGUGCAUCUUCAUUUAUCUCUCGGCAAAGAAAAGAGCCGAGAGAAACGACAAGUUUGCUUUGCUUUGCAAAUGUACCAGCUUCCAUUUUUAAUUUGAAAAUAAAGCAUUGCUUCCUGUUUCAAAUAUUUUGAAAGCUGCUGAAAUACAAAAGAGAAUAUAUAAAAUAGGAAACUCGUUCGCUGCCUAAAAUACAAUAAUUUCCUUUUUAGACUUGUCCAAAAAUCAGACUAACGUACAAAUCUACCCUACGCAUCACACACAAUAGCCACCAUACCACUCUCUGAUGGAAGAACUGUGAAUCAUAACUGUUUGCCUUUAAAAUAAUGUAGCGUCUGAUCAGUCCUUUAAUAGCCUAACUGCUUAAAUAGAGGAGGAAGAGGAGUGCCCUCAGGAUCCAAAAUAGGGCUGUGACAUUAAUAGAGUUUCACACCAGCAUUAUAGAUUGGCAAACAAAAUUCACAGCAAUGAUUUUUAUCAUGAUAUUAAAGGAGAAUUUGAAACAAGUAGCCAUAAUACUGUUGGUGAAAUCUAUUUAAAUGCUUAUAUGUUCUCUGUUUCGGGGGGAAAUUAAUGUGACUCAAAAUCCAAAUGCACAAACGUGGUGAAAGAGUGUGUGGUUAUGAAUUUCUAAAAGGAUACAAUGGGAACAAUUAUGCAAAUAUUUUACAAUAUAUACAACAUGUGUAUUACUGCCACAGUUUAGAUGUAUUUUAUCA